ACUAUAUCAGCAACUAACUCGAAAAGACGAGUACAACGUUCUCAUUCUCGGACUUGACAACGCCGGGAAGACGGCACGUUUCCAUUUUCUCCCCUGUCUCUUGCUCACCCAGAAAGCAGACAUUACUCGAGAAGAUCAAGACGCUGUACAACCCCACGCCUGGUCUUCCAGCAGAUAAGAUCGCUCCCACCGUGGGCCAGAAUAUGGGCAAGAUCACUCUUCCGAGCACGAUUUUGCAGUUCUGGGACUUGGGCGGGCAGCGCGAUAUAAGACUCAUCUGGCCGAGAUACUAUGAUGAUUGUCAUGCGGUGGCGUAUGUGGUGGACGCGACGGACAGGGAUAGACUUGUAGAGGGUUGGGAGGUGUUUGAGAACGUGCUCUCCGCCCCGCAGAUCCUCGGCGUGCCCCUCCUCCUCCUAGCCAACAAACAAGACGUCCCCGGCAGCCUAAGCGUCGAAGAGAUCCGGAAUCACUACGAAGAAUGGUUCCAACGACGACAGAGGGAGCAUGCCGCCGAGUUGGGACCUAUGAGCCCCACGUCGGAGGUUCCGACCGCAGAGCGGAUGGCGAGCUUGAACGUGCAGGGGAUCUCCGCUAUCGAAGGGACCGGAGUACGGGAUGCUGUGAAUUGGCUGUUUAUCCGAGUGCAGAACAGCAGGCGACGCGAUUCCUAACGCCAAUAAUUACGACUACCUCCAACACUACCCAUGUACAACAGCCGUGCUACCUACUAACGACUUCAUCUAGCUUCUUCUGCGCGUUCCUCAAAUCCUGCCUAAUAGGCCCCAGGACUGCCUCCCUUCUAGAUACCAGUUCCUGUAUACCCUCCGCCGCGGUGAGCGGCUUUGCAAGAACCUUAGUUCUCACCACGUCCUGUAUUUCAUUCUUGAGGUCUACGUCCAGCCCUUUUUCAACCCGGUCCCAGUCCUGCCAGAACUUGCUCAAACCCUUCUCCCACCUCCCCUGACACCACCAAGCCGUCCCCGCCCAUACAAGCCCAACAGCAGCGACAGCCGUGCUCCCCUGAACGUCGUACAUCGUCCAUCCCAGUAUCCCCGCAAUCGGGGAAGCGAGAAAAGACGCCCAUCCGGUGAGGACAAGAUUUUGGGCACGGAGGUGCAGGUGGUCGAUCGGGCCGCCGCGCUGGGUCAGCUGUUGUCGCCGGUGGAAGAUAGGGUAGAGGAGGGAGGAAGGCUGGAGUUGGGUGAGCGACGUUAGCUGGGCGAGCUUGUUCUCCAGCAGGGGGGAGUGGAACGGCGCGCUCGUGCUUUGGCUGGGAGAGGCGAAAAGCUCGAGUACCUCGGCGGUGCUAUGGGUGUACUGCGAUUGGAGCUCUUUGAGCCUUCCGGCGUCGUACGAUAACUUCCUCUCCAGCUCCCUCCCGUACACCCUCUCAACCGUCUCCCUCACCUCAGCGCCCAAGUCGUCCACCCUCCACACAAGUUUCCAGAACGCGAACCUGCGGAGGGCAGCACUCACCCCCUGCCUCGCCCUCUCCGCUUGGUCCUUAAGCCCCUCCACACCCGUCCACUUCCCCAGCUCGCGCUCCGACUCCCCCUGCAACCAGAGCGCCUUCCUCCUCGCUCGGUCCGCUUCCUGCUCCGCAUCUACUAGGGCGACAGCCCCUGCCCCCAACGCGGCAGAAGCGAGGCCAGCAGCGGUGUUUACCUGAAAGUCCUCUGGUAAGGGGCGGGAGAGCGCGGUUUGCAGCUGGGAGAUCCGCGAGCGCAUGUACUUCGCUUGGAAGGUACGGACGGCUUCGGUGCUUGGGGAAGCAGAGCUCUGGAAGGCUUCGAGUGCUUCUAGUGCUAGGGUGCUGGACACGGUGGUUACCGAUGGAUAGGGGGAACCACGAUAAUAACCCUCUAGAGCGGCGGCGACCCGUGUGUCUUCCUCUGAUGGCGUGUAGGAAAAACUGUGGUUAGCGGGCCGGUUGAUUAUGAGCUGUAGGGAGGUGGGCGCGAGGGGAGAAACGGGUAGGUGGGGGAGGAGGGAAGUGAGCGGAGUGAGCAGACGGCUCGAGUCCGUCACGAGGAGGAUGGAGUCCAUCGUCAGCAGGAGAGGGAGAUGUUUUGUUAGGUCUUGCGAGACGACUUCGUACAGCUCACAACCGUCUUUCUCCAACCAUGCAGCAGGAACGACAAGUUCCCCCUUCUGGGAACUGACUACACUCCCAUGCCUAAUUCGCACGACCUCCGACUCCUCUCCCUCCCAGCGAGCCCAGAUCGCCUUCCGUCGAUGGCUCACACUGAGCGGGUCGUCCAACAAAGCCGUGACAAAUUCCCUCAUUCCCGCGAGCCUAUCUCCCACCACUGCGAUCCUCGGACUCCUAGACUCGCCAAGGUCGGAAGCUGCGCGCUCGGCAAACAGCGCCCACGGCACGUCUCCCUCCCCGACUCGGCGAAGAAUAGACGCAGCCUCCUUCAGUACAUUCUUGACGACCAGCCGGGGCGGGAGGGUGAUCGGACUGUGGGAACUCUGUUCUGGAUGGGCGGGUUUGGAGAGGGGCUGAGCGACUUGGGCGGUGGACGUGGAGGUGGACGUAGAUGGGGAAGGAGUGGAAUGGAGUGCCCGUGCUCUGACUUGCCGUGAGAGACGCAGAGGACGAGCGGGUCGGCGUAUGGGAGGGCGCAUCCC